AUGUCUGAAAAGUUGCACCGCAGCGUCGAGCGCCGCGCCUCACACAGCACGGCUGAUUCCGAAGCAUGCGUCAUCAAAGAACGCGAGGGUGGGCGUGCUGCAUGGAUGACUGUGGCGGGCUCCAUCCUGGUCUACUAUGCUUCUGUUGGUGUCCUGAACAGUUUCGGCUUCUUCAACAACUUCUACAGCCACGAUUUUCUUCGAAAUACACCGACUUCGACAAUUGCAUUCAUUGGUACGCUGCAAAUAGCAUUGGUAAACUUGUUGGCAGCCAUCUCAGGAGCACUAUGUGACCAAUAUGGAGUUAGGUAUCUGUAUCUUGGAGCAGGCAGCGGUACAGCUGCUGGCUUGGUUGCUCUCUCCUUUGCGCAGCCUGGUCGAUUUUGGCAGGUCUUCUUAGUUCACGGUCUGCUCGUGGGCUUUGCUACUGCCUUUGGCGCUCAGCCUGCCAUUACCGUUGUUGGUCAGCACUUCAAGGAGCGAAGAGCGCUUGCUAUGGGCCUCGCCGCCACUGGGUCUGCAUUAGGCGGUAUCGGGUUUCCUCUCAUGUUUGAACGCCUGUUGCCGACCCUCGGGUUUCAGUGGAUGCUGCGCGUAGCAGCGCUCAAGGUUGUGAUUCUAUAUUGCAUCGCUUUGUGUAUCACGACCAGCAAGCCGAGAAUAAAGGACCAGUCAAGAAGUUUCGGCUCAUUAAUCGACUUCCGAGGCUUUCUCGACCUACGCUACGCCGUUCUCUGUGUCGGUGGCUUCUUUGCCCAGUUAGGCCAGUGGAUUCCUUCGUACUACAUCAAAAUGUACACGAAUGCAGCAUAUCCAGGCAACAGUGUCAGUCACUAUUUCCUGCCUAUGAUGAACGGUUGCAGUAUCACGGGAGCCAUACUUGGAGGCCUUCUAGGUGACCGUAUCGGCCGUCUCAAUCUUCUCUGGCCUAUGGUCGUUUAUUCAGGGUGUCUCUGCUUCUUCGUAUGGCUCCUCAUUGACUCGGUCGCUGCCGUCGUCCUCUUUGCGUGCCUCUACGGCUUUGGUACUGGUAAUUUCAUCGCACUCUUGCCAUCUGUCAUUGGACAAAUCACUCCAGAUGAGAACCUGGGAGCGCGACUCGGUGCAUUCUACAGCAUCGUUUCCAUUGCUAGUUUGGUUGGAACCCCGAUUGGCAGCGCGCUCAUUACAGAUAACAAUAGCAGGGAGGGCUACUUCUGGUUGAUUGUUUUUGCCGGUACUGCAAUUCUCACUGGAUCCAUGUUCAUCCUCGCCAGUCGCCUAUUGCAUGACAAGAAUCUGCGAAACAAGUGGUAG